AUGCAUCACUUUCCUGCCAGUGUCUCAGCAACCCAUAUGGCGUCGCCUUCAUGUCCGAUGCAACUCUACUACGGACCAACUUCUCAUUUUGCUCUUAUGCAGUAUAUAUAUCGAGACCUUGUCUCCCAUCCGAGCACUCAUCCAGAACUUCCGGGUGGUGUCCAAGAAGCAGGAGCUGUUCUGGACCUGUUCAGCUUUCGUCGCAUCUUUUUUGGAACCCCGGAUACUAAUGAAAAGGGGAAGACGUCCGGAUCUGGCGAUAUACAGAUGAUGUUCUUACCAUACGAGUUGGCAAAGCUACUGAUGUCACGAUACCUCUCAUCUCUUUAUCACAUGAUGCCAACUCGUCCCAAGGCCUACUUUGAGAAUUGCCUAGAGCAGCUUUAUCACCAAAUCCAUAAUGAUCAGCCUGAUUCACUUACUCAAGCUAUAAUCUUACUUAACUUGGCUACUGCAUCUCUUCACACUGAAUAUUUUGCGUGGGGUGACGUGCUAUAUGACCGAGUCAAGGCCUCUCUCACACCGUACGACGAUGUAGUGAACAUACAGACCAUUCAGAUCUCAUUACUUAUGAUAAGUACCUCCUCCCCGGUGACUGUUCAUUACGCUGACCUCAAAGACACGCCAACUUCCAGACUGAACAGGGCCGUCCAAACUCAGCCUUCUUACAUCUGGGAUCGGCAUGUCGCAAGGCUCUUUCUGCUGGGCUUCAUAAAGAAGUCCCCAAUGAUAACGUUCAAACAAAUGAAACCAUUGAAGAACGACGAGUCACAUUCUGGUCUAUCUAUAUCUAUGAGACGUCGCCCGAGCUCAUUAUCCAUCAAGGAUGUUGCGAUUGAAUACGCAGAAAACCCUUUCAUUCGAUUGCUCGUCACUCUUUGCAAAACCAUCUCCCGUUCGACGGAUGAGAUAUAUGGUCAACGACAUGAGUCCUUGCUACACAUGUGGCGAGCUGCGCGUUCGAUUGUCGAGGAUCUCCGCGGUCACGAAGCUCACUUGCAAGAGACGCUGGGUUUUGGGUUAGAUGCUAAUACUCAGCCAGGAUCUCUCGGUGUCAAACAGACAAUAUUCAUGACCCUCUAUUAUCAGACUCGCCUUCUCACAUUUCGGCCUUUUGUGAUAUUUCGCGGUCACUGGCAACGAAGUAUGAGAUUAUCUCAGCCUCAUGCAGGCAUAAGUCCUUCCAAUCGCCCGGCGGGGAUUCCGUCUUGGCUGAAUGAAGCCUGUAAUCAUUCUCUCACUGCCGCUCAGAAAAGCAUCCAUCACCUAUCUGAGGCCUCACGCUCAAAUGAUCUUGUUCGGGAAUUGCGAUACCACGGCUAUUUUUUGGCCAGUUCCAGCUUUACACUAAUAUACGACAUGCUCCAUGACACCACUUCAGCACCAACUCAUUUGCCGUGGGUGUACGCUUCAAUACAAUGUAUGUCUACGAUGCGUGUUGGAGACCCAAUCGCCAGUACAGUCUCCGCGAUUCAGACAACACUGCGCAGCAUCAAUCCCUCGUUUGAAUGGAUUGCGGGACCUAAACCCACAAGCAAGUAUCUCGAAGGGCCAGUGGAAAUGACUCAACAUUUAGAAGGUGAAAUGGAUGUUGCAAAUGGCUUCGAUUUGUCUGAACAUGCCUUGGUUGGUCAACAGCCCGAUUUACCAACGUCGCAAUGGAACUUCUCGCAACCAGAGGCACCAGAGACUGGCCGAUCUGUGGGCUCAAGUGAUGACCUCCUUGACUUCACUCAAUCCGACUUGGGAUGGAACUUUGACUUUUCAACUAUGGAUCUGGAGGCAUUCUUCUCUGCAUACCAGCCUGAUACCGCACCUGCAUUUCCUUGA